CAUUAUCCGAUGGAUUAACAAAUGAUGAUGAUGAUGAUGAUGGUAAUUCAUCAAGAACAAUAAUGAUGAAUAAUCAUCAAACUUUUAUGCAGAAGAAUUUACCAUCAUCAUCAUCAUCAUCGUCAAUGUCGACGGCAACAACCACAUCGAAUCAAAUGAUGAUGACAUUUGAUACAAUUAAUGGCAAUUAUAUUCAACAAAAAAUGAUGCCAAACACUUCAAGUUGGUAUGAUAUGUCAUCAUCAUCAUCAUCGAUUAAAUCAAUGACAAUGAUGAUGACCGAUGAUGAUCAUCAACCAAUAGUUAACCAUUACGAUAAUAAUAAUAAUAAUAACAUUGACGAUCCAUCACCACCACCACCACCACCAAAAAUAUCGCAACCUUCGUCAUCAACGACAACAUUCUAUUCUCCAAUUAUUACAAAUGAUCAAAAUAAUCAACAACAAAAAUCCAAAUCUGCACUUAAUGUUCAUGGUAUAUUGAAAAGGAAAUUAUUGAAAUUAAAAUCAUCAUCAACAACAACAAAAUCAUCAUUAUCACCACAAUUAUCAUCAUCAUUAUCGUCUUCAUUAUUGUCUUCGUCGCCAUCAACGACAUCAACAUCAUUAUGUUCUUCAUCAUCAACUGCAACAUCAUCAUCAUCAUUAGAAUCGCCAUAUAAACAAUUAAAACGUAAUUGUAAAAAUGAAGGUAUUAAUCCACAAUGUGUUAUCUGCGGAGAUUUUGCAUCCGGACGUCAUUAUGGUGUAUUUGCAUGUGAAGGAUGUAAAGGAUUUUUUCGUCGUACCAUAUUGGCUACGAUGUCAUUGAAAGCAAAUCAACAAAAAUUAUUGGAUAGUGGCGCGGAUAUGGAAAUUUAUAAAGGAUAUCUAGAUAUUUAUAAAUGUAAUAAUUCAAUUGUAAAUCAUAAUCCUCAGAAUAAUGGUGAUGGACAAUCAAUGACAACAUUAUCUGAUCAACAGCAACCAAAACGAUGUCCAAUACUUGUUGAACAGAAUCGUCGUCGUUGUUGUAAAUCAUGUCGUUUUAAAAAAUGUAUCGAUGCCGGUAUGAAAUAUGAACCAUCAGCAUUGGAACCAAAAUUAAAACGUUUGGAUCCAUUGGAUAUAAUUUUCUAUCCAGAAACAUUAAAUUUUCAACGACAAUUAUAUCAUUCAUAUGCAAUGUUUAUCGAUACAUUGAUGUCACAAUUUCGAAUAUUUUUACGAUUAAUCAAUAAUGUAAAAGAUUAUCCUUAUUAUUAUCACCAUCAUCAUGAACAUGAUAGACAGUCUUGUAAUCCAAACGUAAUGAUUAGUAUGCGUCAACGUUCAGCAUUGAUCAUUAUGGAAUAUCUGGCUAUGUUAACUGAUGAAAUGCUUACAAAAUUUAUAUCAUAUAUGGAUGAUUUCCGUCAGAUUCAUAUCAAUAAUCAGGCCGAUCUUAUUCAUCGUUCAAAACAUUGGCUUCUUUGUAUGAUAUUGGCUGCUGUUUAUCCUACAGCCGAAAAAUCAUUAAAUUUUAAUGGAAUCAUAUUCGGUGAACAAACAUUUCAUAAUAAUCUUUGUGAAUUAUAUCAGAAAUUAAAAAUUCUUGGCAAUGUUUGUAGCGAGGACGAUGAUAAAAAUGAUGAGCAACAACAAGAACAACCACAACAACAACAACCGCAACAACAACAACCGCAACAAUUAAAUUCAACAUCAUUGACAAUGACCAACACUGUGGAUAUUAAGACAACAACAACAACUGCAACGAAUAAUGAAUGUCAAUUCCUUGGACUAUUAUUAUCCAAUCAGAAUUCAUUUCAAAAUAUAUGUCAUCGUGCAUUUCUUAAAUCACGAAAAUUUCAAAAAUCGCAUUUAUCAUCGCAACAGAAUCAAUCACCAAAAUCAUUCAAUUCAUUUGAAUUUUAUCAUAUUGAUAAUACUAUUCCACAACAAUCACCAAUAAUAAUGAUGAUGGAUGAUAGAAAAUGGUUAUUAUCAUUGAAAGAAAAAUAUCGAUUUUUACCAUUAUUGACAGCAAUGUUAUUGAUUCGAAAUUAUGAUUCAAAAACGAUUACCAAUUCAUCCGUAAAUUGUAGAACGAAACCGGCUGAAACAAAUCGAACAUCGAAAGAAUUGUCAGCCAUCGAUCGUAUUCGAUAUUUAUUGAUGACAAUAAUGCGAAAUGAAUAUCAACUAUUCGAACGUAUUACUGGAUAUUCGAAUAAUAUGGAAAAUGUUUGUACAAUAUUUGCAAUGCCAAACAACAACAACAACAAUAAAACCAUUGGUAAUGUUGUUCCGAAUUUAAUCGGUAUGGAAAAUUAUCCGAUCAAUCAAAAUACUAUCAAUAGUUUUGAUGUUUUCAAUCGUUUUACAUUAUCAAGAUUGGCUAAUAAUUUUGAAGAUGUAACAAGAAUUAUUGGUCAUUUAGUAUCGAUUGUACGGUUAAAAUUUUCAAUUUUAAUCUAAUCAAACCGCCAUACACUCACUCACUAACAUAAAUAUUGCAUGUGUAGUUUAUUUUUCCGUUGUUGUUGUUU